AUGAAGACUGUGACUCAGUUCUCAAAGUGCUAUGAGAUAUUAGUAAAGGAAUUUAUUGUCAAUGUUUCUGAAGAAUGUGCUGAUGGAAAGUCUAGGGAAUUCAGAAAAGUAUAUGUGCGAGGCAAGUGUAUAAACUUCUCUCCCUCAGUAAUCAACAUCUAUUUGGGAAGGCCUGAUGUAGCUCAACUUGAGCUUGAGGUGACUAACAAUAGAAUCUGUCAAGUCAUCACUGCUAAUCAAGUCAGGAAGUGGCCCCUCAAAGGUAAGUUGGUGGCCAGCAAACUAAGUGUCAAGUAUGCUAUGCUGCACAAAAUUGGAGCUGCUAUCUGGGUGCCCACCAAUCACAAAUCUACAGUGGCUGUAAUGCUUGGAAAGUUCAUAUAUGCUGUUGGAACCAAAGCCAAUUUUGACUAUGGAUCCUAUAUUUUUGAUCAAACCAUGAAGCAUGCAGGUAAGCAUGUUCCUGACAUUGCCAUGGCAACAGGAGAGACAUCAAGUGGUUGCAAUCAACCAGGUAAAGCUGCUGUCAUUGCAAUACUCAAAGAAACGUGCAAGGAGUUAGAGGCAAGGAAGCUCACUUUGGAAAAUUUGAUUAUCAAGUUGGAGAUGAAUGAAGGUGAUGUGCUUGGUGAAGCUGUUGAUGCUGCAGAAGGAGCUGCAAGACAAAGUGCGGAGGGAGAAGAGGAUGCCAGUCCUGAUGAUGGCACUGAUGUUGAUGCUGACUCUGAGUCAGAUGAAUAG